AUGCUAGACACAGCCGGGGUGAUUGCUAAACUAUUCGAUCAAUUGAAGUUAGGAAAGCCUGCAUAUGAUAGAACAUCAAAGAAACAGAGCUUUGAUUUGCUUGUUUAUGCAAAAAAGAUCAACUCCCCUAUUGAUCCUAUAACUCCUGUUCCACAUUUUACAUUUAAGGCUGAAGAGUACCCGAUUACCCAAGAAGAACUGGACCGUGCUCCGUAUAUCUUACCGGAAUCUAGAUACGGAUACGUGACCUCAGAAACACCACGUUGCCAAAAUGCAAGUAAAUUGAAAGGUGUAAACCAAGAACUCUACAAAAUCGGACUGGGUGCAGGCGUAGCUAAGUCCAAGGCUGUUUAUAAAUGCAAAUACUUUGCUCUUUCUUAUUGGCACCCAUCUCAUUAUCUUGGUAAAGUGAGGAAAUCCAAACCGGCAUUGCUCAUCCUUGUCAAUAACUCGUCGAUCAUGAAUACUCACGGCAUCAAAGAGCAUAUUCCAGCAGACAUGCAAAGCAGCUUUCAUCCUUUUAAGCUUUCAUUCAAUAGAAACCUGUACAGAAAGCUUCUUAAAAGUUCUUUCAUGAAGCUUUACUUGGCAGAUAAUGCCUUGGUGAAGAAUUGGGAUGGAUUAUAUAGAUUCUCGUGUGAUUUGUUCCCUGUGAAUGAUGUUGAGAAGGCCGAAUUCGAGUACCAUCUCAAAUCGGCACUAAGUAAGGUGAAACGGUUGGACAUCAAUAUGUUGAAAGAAGAUGGUAAGCAUGCCGAUAAAAGUAUUCCUUGGUAUAAAGUGGCCAAAGUGUGUCGAAAGUUUAAUUUACCCUUACUAAAGCCGGAGUAG